UAUGACCUUGAUGCAUUGCCGUCAGUUAACGACUGUGAUAAGUGAUAGGAGUUGCCCCAAUCGUUUAAAAACCGGCGUUUAAGUUAUAAUUCUUGAACAUAAAUAAAAAAUAAUUCAGAUUGAUCUGGGAGAAAUGCAGAAGCCAAGAGUGUUAGUUCUUGGAGGAUGUGGUUUUAUUGGGAGGAAUUUGGUAUCGUAUUUGGUAAAGGAAAAUUUGACAAGUGCCAUAAGAAUUGUUGAUAAGGUACCUCCUCAAGUUGCGUGGCUGAACAAAAUACAUCAGGAUUAUCUCAACAAUCCCAUUGUUGAAUUCAGGAGCGCUAAUUUAAUUAAUCCAGAAUCUUGUAAGAAUGCUUUCGCCAGUGACGCAGCUUGGGAUUUCGUUGUUAAUUGUGCAGGAGAAACAAAAGGAUCACAAACUGAUCCAAUUUACUAUGAGGGAAUCCUCAAGUUGAGCUUGAAUUGCUCUAAAGAAGCUGCCCAAGCAAAAGUGAAACAUUAUGUGGAGUUAUCUUGCGGCAACAUGAAUUCUUCGGAGAAGGUCCCUCUCAAAGAGGAUGGACCAACAGAACCCUGGACAAACGUUGCGAAAUUUAAAGCAAUGGUGGAGAAGGAGUUAAGAGAGGUUCCCGAUUUGAGAUUCACUGUACUUAGACUUCCAAUAGUCUAUGGCUCUAGUGAUAGGGGGUCUAUAGUUCAGAGAAUAAUGGUGGCUGGAAUUUAUAGAAAAUUGGGAGAGACCAUGAAAUUAUUAUGGAAUUCUGGCAUCAAACUGAAUACUGUGCAUGUUGAAGAUGUUUGCAGGGCAAUUUGGUUUGUACUGAAUAGAGAUGAUACAAUUGGAGAGAUUUACAAUGUGGUGGACACCGCAAAUUCGACUCAGGGUUCAAUUUCGGAACUUCUAGAGGAACUCUUCGACAUUAAAAUCGAUUAUUAUGGAACUGUGUUAAGUGCGAUGGUUGAUUUAGCCAACGCUGCCGAUGAGGCGAAUGAUAAACAUCUAGAUCCAUGGGCCAAGGCAUGCCGUCAAGAUGACAUUCAAAAUACACCCCUUUCUCCUCACAUGGACGCCGAAGUACUUCUUAACAAACACUUAAACCUAGAUGGGGCUAAACUGAAGAAUUUAGGAUUUGAAUUGAAAUUUCCUAAUCCUUCGGCUCAAUUAUUCAAAAAUAUUAUAGAUGAGUAUGUUGAAAUGAAGGUUUAUCCUGUGUCCUUGGCUCCUUAAUGUAUCGAUGAGUCUUGAGAAAGUAAAGCCAAAAUAGAGUUUCGAGGUGCUUGAGAAAAGGAAUCGUAGGGCCUAAAUGUAUCAAUGUGACAAAUUUUCAAGAUAUGAAGCUUGAUGUGAAAUUUCAUAAAUCCUUAGUUUAGACGUGCCAUAAAUAUGUGUAGCUGGAAAUUUCUGAAAAAAUGUGCAAUAUUUUAACCUACACAUUGGUACAUCCCCCAGAAAUUCAGUCCAACAUAUUGUACUUAAAAUGAUAAAUAUUUUUCGGAUGUUCUUAUUCAUGCAACAAAAGGAAUUGGUCUCUUUGUCACAUUCUAAAGUGCCUUUAUCUUUACAGAUAUUUUUGUAUCUCUUCAAUUUUUUUCACAUCCUGUGAUAUGGAUUUGUGUAAUUUUUUUUAUUGGGUAUGAAGCAACUUAUGUCGAUAAAAUGAGUCCACUUUUCUAUUAUUUUAUUCCUAAUUAUUUCCAAUUAUGAUUCUCAAAAUUCUGUCAACCAUGAAUCUCAAUGUUCCUAUGAUGAUGGCUAAUUGUUAUUCAACAUUUCCAAGCACAUCAUGAUCUCUGUUCUAAUUUUAUCUUAUAAAGUAUGUACUUAUUACUGGCUUCUGCAAUUCUUAUGCUUGAGAGUGAGGUUAGGGUGAUAUUAUGGAGCAUUCCAGAGGGCAAUGUCAAAAUCCUUGGUUACCGUAGGGCAGGUGCACGUUAAAGUUUGCCCGCCCUACAGCAAUCAGCAGCAAAGUACUAUUUUGACGAUUCGUUAAAAUGCCCUAUCUUUUAUUAUGAUCACUCUCUUAUAUAUAUAUAUUUUGCAUUUUAAAAUUGCUCAAUUAUUUAGGUGAUUUUGUGGAAUAUUUACCCAAUGUUCAAUUGUUAAUAAAGAAUAUGCUUAUAAAA